GUGCCCCCAUGGCAGGCUCGGAAGAGCUGGGGCUCCGGGAGGACACGCUGAGAGUCCUAGCGGCCUUCUUUAGGCGAGGCGAGGCCGCCGGGUCCCCCAUUCCAACCCCACCCAGGAGUCCUGCCCAGGAGGAGCCAACAGAUUUCCUGAGCCGUCUUCGAAGAUGUCUUCCCUGCCCCCUGGGGCGAGGAGCAGUUCCCCCUGAGUCCCCUCGGCCUUGCUCCCUGCCCCUCCGCCCAUGCUAUGUUUCAGAGCCUGGCCCAGCUACUCCGGAUUUCUAUGCUCUGGUGGCCCAGCGGCUAGAACAGCUGGUCCAAGAGCAACUGAGAUCCCCACCUAGCCCAGAGUUACAGGGUCCCCCACCCACAGAGAAGGAAGCCCUGCUGCGGAAGCUGGUGGCCCUGCUGGAGGAAGAGGCAGACGUCAUCAACCAGAAGCUGGCCUCGGACCCCGCCCUGCGCGGAAAGCUGGCCCGCCUCUCCGCGGGCUCCUUCGCCCGCCUGGUGGAGCUGUUCUCCUGCCGGGAGAGCAGCCCUCUGCCCGGUCGCGCACGCCCCUCCUUGCCCUGCCCCGGGCCCCCUCCGCCUUCCCCGGAGCCCCUGGCCCGCCUGGCCCUGGCCAUGGAGCUGAGCCGCCGCGUGGCCGGGCUGGGGGGCACCCUGGCCGGACUCAGCGUGGAGCACGUGCACAGCUUCGCGCCCUGGAUCCAGGCCCACGGGGGCUGGAGUGGCAGGAGCUGGCCAGAUGCGUUGGAGCCAGUAGAGAGAGGAGGCCAGUAGCGCUUCAGGAGGGAGGGCAUCCUGGCCAUUUCACCCGUGGACUUGAACUUACCCCUGGACUGAGAUCUUCCUCAGAAGCUGCUACCAGAUUAGACCUCAUGUCUCUAUGCUCUUCCUGUGCUUUGCCAAACCUUCCUGUUCCGCUCAGGGUUGUGGGGUGGGUUGCCCUGCCUGUUUCUGCCAAAAAGAAAUUGUUUUAAAUUUUUUCACAUUAAAGACUUUUUCAAGUA